CUAUCAGCAGAAACCACCUCCCCCGCCUCCUCCUCCUCCUCAUCAGCAUGCUCAGGGUAGAGAUCCCAUUACCCAAGCUGUAAUCGAUUUCCGUAACAUGCAUCCUCCGGCGUUCAGCGGAGUUGAGGGCCCCGAAGCUGUGGCUGAAUGGCUUCAGCAACUAGAGAGUAUCUUUGAUCUGUUGUUCACCACUGAUGAG